GAGAGAGAGAGAGAGAGAGAGAGCGUGGUGCCACUAUACAAAAAGGACCAAGGGAAUGUGACUUGGCAAGUCGCAGAACACUGGGGGUCCACUGAAGAAGACGAACUAGGACCAAAUUGAAAGAGCAGGAGAGAGCACUAAUAAAGGGUCCCCAAGCACACUUUUAUUGUGGUGGGAGGGAGAAAGACAGAGAGAGAGAAAGGCGUGCGGGCACUGAACACUGCCUGGUUUACUUUCAGUUGUUUGUGGAUGGUAGAAGAAGAACCCAUCACCACCAAAUCUUUCUCCACAGGAUCAUCUGCUGUUGUUAAUUGUCAUUCAUUCACCGUUUCAUCUGGAUCAUCUCAGGAGAAGGACUACAUAGCCAUGAAGAGACCACAUGAUUACAGCUCUCCAGAUUCAGACACAGAUGAGCUGAUCGAUGUUGGACAAGAGGACAGUUACUGCCCUGUUACUGGAUCCAUGUCCCCAGGGACUACCUCACAGAUUUUAGCUCGUAAAAAGAGAAGAGGGAUCAUUGAGAAGAGGCGUAGAGACAGGAUCAACCACAGUCUGUCAGAGCUUAGGAGACUUGUUCCCAGUGCCUUUGAGAAACAGGGCUCAUCUAAAUUGGAGAAGGCAGAGAUUCUUCAAAUGACAGUGGAUCAUCUCAAACUGUUACAUGCCAUAGGGGGAAAAGGUUACUUUGAUGCUCGCGCACUGGCAGUGGACUACAGAACGUUGGGUUUUCGGGAGUGUGUGGGGGAGGUGGUAAGGUACCUCAGUUCACUGGAGGGUGCAGAGUCUUCAGACCCUAUUGGUGCACGCUUGGUGUCCCACCUAAGUCACUGUGCCUGUGAGCUGGACCCUCUCCACCAGAGCCCAGCUACCCUGCCCUUCCCUCCAUGGCUGUGGGGCUCUUUCCCCCAGCUCAGCACCUCCUCUAGCCCAGCCUCCACUUCCCCAUUCCCCUCUGUGAGCCGCCGAAAUCUGGCUCCUCACGCUGCUGCCCUUCUAGCCUACCCCUCUCCAGCCCUGCAAGUGGCACCCCUGGGCCGCCAGGGGGCACUGUUAAGCCCCACCCUAUCUUCAGUGCGGAGGUUGCCCUCUGUCUCCUCCCACCCUCAGAGACUGCCAGAAGCCUCCUCAGAGGGCCCUAACAUUCCCUCACCUCUACACUCUGCACAGGCACCUCCUACUAGCUCCUCCUCCCCCUCAUCUCUCUCCGCCUCCACUUCAUCCUCCUCCACCAGCCAUCCUCUGGUUUCCUUCAGGCCCUUCACUGCUCUGGGGUCUCCAGCCCCACGGCUAAGGGGCAUGAGUGGCUCCAGUAAGACUUGGGUAACAGAGAUUGGAGCAUUUUGAUUCAUUUUUGAUUUUGGACUAACAGAACAGAGGUCUUGCUUGGCCAUCAAAAUGAGGCAUUCAUGAUUAAUAUUUCUUUUGGUUAUAGACAUUACAAAAUGUUUCGCACACAAUAAUAUGAACAUAUGCUCCAGACACACAGCUUCCCAUGUUGUUACACAGGAAUUAAAGAUGAUAAUAUGUUUAGAAUUUCAUCAGAUGGUAAGUUCAGAUGGUAACUAAAAAUAAACAAUACAAAUACAAAUAAAAGAAACAAAGAAUAAGAAGAAUGAUCCAAUGAUAUAACCAUUAAAACUCAAAAACAACUGUUUUUCCACACACUUGCUGAAAACAAGCUGGAACAAAUAUAUACUUUGGAAGAAAAGGCUGAAUACCAUGUCUAUCAUAUUCUACAUAUAACACCAUCUGUAAGACAAACUGAUAAGAAUGGACUGCCUUAAUACAUCAGUAUAAACAUUUUUUCUAUCAUCUAUACUAUCUUUUUAGUUUGGUUUGUUGUUUAUUUGUUAUCUUUGUCAUUUGCACACAAGUUUACUUGAAUGUUCAUAUGUUAUCCAUUGGACAUGGAAGUGCUUGAGGAAAUUCCAUAAAUACACAAGUGCCUUUUCAAAAUUCA